AAUAUUCGUCAUUCGUGUCAAAGAAAAAGAAAACGUGCAUUUUAUUUUUUUUUUCUUUCAUGAGUUUUAUUUUAUAAAUUAUAAAAUUCAUAAAGAAUCUCAAAAAUAAUGUCAUCUUCGUCGUCAUCAGCUUUUACUUGCAUUAAUUGCAACAUUAAAUUAGCCAACGCAGAGUUCCAUCGCGAACAUUACAAAACUGAUUGGCAUCGUUAUAAUUUAAAACGUAGAAUAGCUUCAUUGCCCCCAGUUACAGCUGAUGAAUUCCAAAAUCGAGUUUUGCAAAUGCGUAAUGCUGAUACGGCCGCAAUAGAGGAAAAACAAACUAGCCUCUAUUGCAAUGCAUGUAGGAAGCAGUUUUCUAGCCAAUGCUCACACGAUAAUCAUUUAAAUAGCAAGAAGCACAAAGAAAACUUGACAAAAUUCAAUGAUAUCAAUGGCGAUUCUAAAGAGAUAACUACAAAGAGUCUCGUGCAACCAAAACAACACCCGAUGAUGGUUGAAGAAGAUGAAUCAAUUGAAGAGGUCGAUUCCGAUGAAUGGGAAGAUGUUGGACCCAAUCCAAUUGCCGACAACAAUUGUAUAUUUUGCGACGAACACAGCGAAGAUUUGGUUGAUAAUUUAAAACACAUGUCUGUGGCACACUCUUUCUUUAUUCCUGACGCCGAAUUUUGCACUGAUCUAGAAGGUCUUCUCUUUUACUUGGGUGACAAAGUGUGCAAUCACUUCAUCUGCUUGUGGUGCAAUGACCGUGGUAAAACUUUCUAUACCUUGGAUGCAGUAAGAAAGCACAUGAUUGACAAAGGUCAUUGUCAAAUGUUGCACGAAGGCAUUGCAUUGGCCGAGUAUACAGAAUUUUACGAUUACAGUUCUAGUUAUCCAGACAAUAAAGAUGGCAUGGAUAUCGAUGAAGAAUUUGUUCCUGAUCUACUUGAUGGAGAUGAAUAUCAGUUGGUGCUUCCAUCUGGAGCUGUGAUUGGUCAUCGAUCUUUAUUGCGUUAUUAUAAACAAAGAUUAAAUCCCAACCGAGCUAUUACUAUUAAUAAAUCCGAUCGUAAGUUGCACAAAGUUCUAUCGCAAUACAGAUCUUUAGGAUGGACAGCGACUGAACAAAAGGCUGCUGCUCGCAAGGCACGGGAUAUUCACCUGAUGAAACGAGUUCAAGCUAAAUGGCAGAUGAAAUUGGGUGUUAGAGCCAAUAAACUCCAACAUCAUUUCCGUCAACAGGUCCUGUUUUAAAUAAAAAAAAAUGCAUUGUCUUUUUAUUCUAUUUUAUGCGUUUUAUUGACUUUAAAUAAACUAAUUAUUCCAUGUUAACUCACUUUUGAAUUUAAUAAAAAGACGGUCAUGUUACUUAGACUUGAUCGAAAAGCA